UCAGAACUAACCUAAGCUUUAAACAGUCAGAGACUGGCGUUAUUUUGACCCGUUGAGAAUACUUUUGUAGCCUCACAGCUGAUAUCAUUUUAAGUACGUCGUAAUAACUGAUAGUGGAAUCAACAUGAAUUUAAUUCCAAAAUCGUUUAAAGAAAAACGUUCGUUCGCACAACGAGUUGCUGAUGUAGAAUUAAUUAGAGAACGGCAUCCAAAUAAGAUACCUAUUAUUGUUGAAAGAUAUUAUGGAGAGAAACAGUUACCUGUUCUGGACAAAGCCAAAUUUUUGGUGCCAGAUUAUCUUACAGUAGCAGAAUUUGUAAAAAUAAUUAGACGUAGGCUACAGCUUCAUCCAACACAGGCAUUUUUUCUAUUAGUAAAUCAAAGAAGCAUGGCAAGUGGUAGCAUGACUAUGGCACAACUUUAUCAAAGAGAGAAAGAUGAGGAUGGUUUUCUUUAUGUAGUGUUUGCUAGCCAAGAAGUAUUUGGGCAUUAGUUACAUUCACAUAGUUACAAAGUGAAAACAAAUUUUCUGGGAGUAUACAUACUAUGUGCUAAAAAGUUUUUAACACCUAGGAAGAAUUUUAGAUCUAUUAUUACUUAAAUCUGCCUGCAAUUGAAUAUGCAGAAUUUUUGUGAUCAACUUGCAGUACCUGCUGGAAAUAAUUAACAGAACAAUGAAGAUUGACAUUUGUGUAUAAAAUCCUUAUGGUGCUUUGGGCCUUCAGUAUAUGCAUCAACCAUGUUUUAUAUAAGUUAAAGUUUAAGAAUAAUUUUUUUUUUUUAUGACAGUACUUUUUUCUUAUAAUUUUCAAUGAAUAUAAACUACUAAAAUAAGAUUCAUUUAUUAAUAGGUAAGAAAGUUACUUUUAUAAUUUUUAGCAUUAUUAAUCUAAAUUUGCUUGCUUCCAUACUCGUCUUAUAAAUUUUAAAUAUGUAAAAUGAUAAUACUACUGUAUAAAAUAGUAAGUAGUGGCCAGUUACACUUGACAUAUUAUAUAAAAAAAAAAAAAAUGAAAUCAAACCAACAUUAUUCUGUGUUUGUUUGAUAUUUCAUAAAUUAUGACAUUACGUUAAUAGUAUCUAUACUAUGUAUUAUAACUUACAUAUUAAAUAGGUAAAUCGAACUUUUAGUAAGUACAUGAAAUUUUAGACGAUAGAAAAAAAAGGAGUGUUUUAAAUUAAUCUUACGACGGAACCCGUUAAUGAAAAUAACUUUUGCAUCUAAGUCUAUUCUUUUUAAAAAAAUAUCGAAACAUUAACGAAAGUGUUCAUGCAUAUAAUUACACACUAUGUAAUGUGUACUGUUAUGUGAUAAUAUUAUUAUACUCAAAUUAAUGUUAUUAAAUACAUUUGCAUUAUGAAAUUCGAUUAAAUUGUAAUCGUUCCUAAACGGAAUAUAUGAUAUCCAUUUAAUAUUAAAUUAGUAUCUUUUGCUAUUUGAUACUUAUACUAUAUGAUAAUUAAUAUUCUGAAUUGUGUCUUAAAUUCGAAAAUGUUGUAAGCGCACUUAUCAUUGAUCUUCAUAGAAGUAAAUUAAGUAAGAAACAAAAGUACCUGGCAUUAUAACUAAGAAAGAACAUAAUUAUUGUAUCGGUGACAUAAUUUUGUAAGAUUUAAAAUUUUAGGAACAGAAAGAUUUUUCAGUUUCAAUUUCUGGUAUGAAUAAAUCUUAUUUACCAAUGUAAAUAACUGAUACCAAUUUAUAUAAAGACAUUCUAAAAAUAUAAUACUCUUAGGUUUAUGACAGGAUAACUGAUAUAUUUUUUCAAGCAAUAUUUAACUUAAUUUAUGUGAAAUCUUUUAGACGAGGAGCAAGAAAAAAACAGGGCUUUCUGCAAAUAUUUUUAAAUAUCUAAUAGUGAUACAAUAAUACAAAUAAGGUGAUUAAUUAAUAAAUGGAUAUUUCAACACUGAUGAUAUUGUACUGAUAACUACUAUAAAUAUCGGCAAUAUUAAUGGUAUGCAUUAUUAAUACUUGUGUAAUGAAUGAAUGUAUAACAUAUAUUAUGUAAAAAAUUAUUUGCAAUAAAUAACUUUUUGCAACAGA